GGUAUACUAUUAAGAGUGCAGGAAGCAGAAUGCAAGGAGCGGCUCGUCUCGGCCAGUCCUGUAAUAAGGGCGGAGUUUCGUGGACCAGGCAGUGGAAUUAGCAGCGAUGUUCUCAAGAGUAUCUGCGAAUUUCAACUAGCAAAGCAACCGGUGAUACCUUCGGAGUUCUCCAAGUAGCCAGAUCUAGCAAGCACGGACACUGCGUAUACUUUUCUACUUACAGUCAUUCUUAUUCUAUUUAUUGCUUUGUCGCCGCUUAAUCAUGUCAUAUUUUGGAGGAUAAAUUAAAUUGAUUGAUGAGUCAUUACUGCUUUGUGGGUAUUGAUUUGCAUAGCAUAUUUUACUCAAAUUAUGCUGUUAAUUUCUACUAGUUUUUGAAUUUUAAGAAACUUUUAACUUUGUUUUGCUACUAUUUAACGCCAAAAGAAAACAUCCGGCUUUUACUGAGGAAAAAAACGGUUUAAAAGCAAGGAGAAAUACUGGUGUGCUAAGCCGGCGUCCCGCUCGGAGUCCUCCUGCUUCUUUUCUUCUUGCGUCAGUUUGUAAGUCAGCUCCCUGCUGGACGUGACAAUGCGCUCGUUGCUUUCACACAACUUUACAGAGGAGGGAUACUGGAAAAUCUGAGUGAAUUGCCAAGCAGUCUUUACUGGGAUUUGCACUCCGACUACAAACCACGGUGCUUGAGGGACUGUUUCUGGCUGGAUCUGUCUGUCAAUCUAUGUCACUUGCAAGCGAUUCGGACUGAUUCCUGAAAUUAAAAACGGAUGACACACUCGCGAUGAGAUUUUUUAUCUGUCUCGUCAAGUUGAUAACUGCUCUACUACCGCUGUCACCUGCUCAGAUAUUAUCUUCUUCCAGUGUAAGCAGAACUUCUGAAGUGAUGCCAUUUCAGGAAGUAUACAGAAGGAGUUUCUGCCGCACUAUUGAAAAACUAGUGGAUGUCAUUCAGGACUACCCAAAUGAGCUGGAGCACAUCUUCAGCCCUUCUUGUGUCCCACUGCUGCGCUGUGCAGGCUGCUGUGGGGAUGAGAACUUGGAGUGUGUUCCUGUUGAAACCUAUAAUGUUACUAUGCAGCUUUUGAAAAUCAAGCCAGCAGAGAGACAAGAGUACAUUGAAAUGACAUUUAUUGAGCAUCAAAGUUGUGAAUGCAGACAAAAGAAAGACACAGUUAAACUGGAAAGAAGAAAACAGAGAGGAAAAGGAAGAAGAAGAAAAGAAAAGGCAAAAUCUAAAGAAUGUGAUGUAUGUCAGCCUCCACGCAGGUAACUGAAAAAAACACAAGACUGCAGCAUUUCAGUUUUUUACAAUAUUUAUUCUGCUCUCAGAAAGAUGAAAUUGGCAACUUGCUAACUAAGCACUUUUGAAAGAUGGCAUGUAUUCUUCAAGAAACCGUUCACAGUCACAAUAGAUGGACUAUCUUCUGUGCUAUUUAAUCAGCCCUUCAGAAUGACAUUUGGGGGAAGCUUCACAAGUGGACCAAGUUCAUCAUCAUACAAAUAAAGAAAACUAAUUUCAAAAGCCCACAAUCAAUAUAUUAUAUGUAUGUAUAUAUACUUAUAUGAGAAACUGAGAUUUUUUUAAACAAAUAUUUAUUAUAAGAUUAGAGAUAUUAGAUUUCUGUAAAGUAAUCCAUGAUAUAAGAGAUAUGUGUCUAGAAAUUAGCUAAAGAAUAUGCCAAAAUUAUUAUGGAUAGAGACCUUUUGACGAAGCAAAGGAUUUCAGAUGGGUCUAAAGAAAGAAGCCAUGAGUGUUCUCUCUUGUCCGAAGUAAACAGGAAGACCUACAUUCAGUAAGGCAGAAACAUGCUACAUGCAUUAAGUAUUGUAUUCAUGUCAAGUUGACACUGUAAAUUCAAGUAAUUCUGGUGUAACCGUCCCUUGCUUAUUAAUUGUGAAUGGCCUGAUAACCAUAUUUACAUCAUAUUUUUGCCAUUUGUGUUACUUUAUAAUUCAUUCAGAAUUCUGCUAUCGUUAUUGCAAAAUGACUACUAGCAUUUAAGGACAGUUGUACAGUACAUAAUACAUUCUGCUGUUAAUUUUAUUCUUCCAGUAUUCAGGUGAUACCCUCCUUCUCAAUUAGUGUAGCCACAAGCAGACCUGAAGCCACUCUUGAUGGUUUUCAUCCCUUGUCGGUGAUGAUGCCUUGUUAGAGAAUAAGAACUUUUCAAAAAUAGACUUUCUUGGUUUUCUUCUCAUCAGGAAAUAUUGUGAGAGCUGUGGUUGUAUUUGGUGCACCCAGUGAAGCUUUAAGUGACAUUUUCAAUGGCUUCUACAGCUUUCAUAUCAGCACGUGAUAUGGGGCUUCAAUGUUUCAUAGAAAUAAAGUGUUGUUUCAUGGUUUUUGAUGUAGACUCUUGUAGCAGCAGGAGACCAUAUUUUCUGUUCUUCGUUCAAAAAAAAAAAAUCAGUUAAUACUGCAGAUGUCACCAUGUUGAUUCUCAUCAUGACAUCUCUAGUCUCAUUGAUUUGAUAUGAUACUGUGUUACGUUUGGCUUACAUCAUUUAGCUGAGGUUUUCCUGCAUUAGAAUGAAUAACCUUGUCUAAUUUGUGAUGUUAGCAUGUGCAGUUUCUCCAUAUGUAAACUACUGUGUAUAUCUGGUUUCAAAAACAAACAAUAAUGUUUUUUUUAUCUUCUGCUCUUUGCUUGAGGUGGCAACACGCGAAACAUGCACAGCUACUAAAAUGAACACACUUAUGUCUGUGGGAAUGUUUUCCUUCGGUGAUAUUGUGAUAUCAAACUCAAACAUGGAAAAGCACCUCCCACUCUAGAAGCCAUGUUUAAAAAGGGAAUGAUUGGGCCUGUUCUGAAAUUUUUACUUAAGGUCUUAUUGUUAUAAGAUCGCUUUUUUCAAUUCUUUGAAAUGUUCACCUGUUUUGUUUUAGUAUUGGUGUAAUAAAUUAAAUAAAAACCUCAGUAAACUGA